UCACGUGUUGCAGCAGUGACGUCUUCUUGCUAGCUGGUCACCUGACCCGUCCAUAGAUCCUGUUGCUGCUGCUCCUGCUCAUUCAUCAUCAUCCGAUCGCGGCCGCGGUGCUGAGUGUGUGCAGAGCCGGCGAGUCAGCGUACCAUGGCCAGUCAGUCCGCGGGGAUCCAGCAGCUGCUCCAGGCGGAGAAGAGAGCGGCAGAGCGAGUGGGGGAGGCCAGGAAACGAAAGAACAGACGUCUGAAACAAGCCAAAGAGGAAGCGCAGGCUGAGAUCGAGCAGUACCGGCUGCAGCGAGAGAAAGAGUUCAAAGCUAAAGAAGCCGCUGCUUUGGGCUCCCAUGGUAGCUGCAGUGAAGAGAUGGAGAAAGAAACCUUGGAGAAGAUGUCCGUCAUCGAGGAGGACUACAGGAAGAACAGAGAGACGGUCCUGGAGCAGCUCUUGUCUUUUGUGUGUGAUGUAAAACCAGAGAUUCAUGUCAAUUACCGGGUCAAUGGCUAGAGCAGUCCCGAGGGUUGCUGAGUCAGCGGCGCUCUCCCUUAUCGCUGCCUCCCGUUAUUUAUUGUGCCCAGGCACAGAAACAGCUGUUUUCCUAGAGUUAGCACGGCCUCAGUGGAGUCUAUGGAAAUCUGGAUUGUCAUCAUGAGUGGAGCCCUCAAUGGGUGCUAGUAUAUGCAAACCAAUUGUACCAUGAGCCUUACACAAAGGGUUAACCCUUAGACAAGUUGAGAUUUCUUGUUAUGUGAAAGGGGAAGCUAUGGUUGGGAAAUUGGUAUGAGUAGGGGGGUUGGUGAGUAGCCUGUGUUCUAGUGUAAGGAAGGGGUGUGUUAUUUAGGUCUUCCUCACAUUUUCUGCUAAUGGUUCUUAGUUUGCUUUUUUCCACGCCUACCUUCUAAAAGUAAAAUGUUUUCAAUCUUC